CUCAAGAUCCCCAACAUGGUCCCAGUGCCUCUGGUUCUAUUGACGUUCAGGAGGAGAGGGUUGAAGACUCCUAUCGGCCCAACGCUGUUGUUGUGGAGAACAUCGCUGAAGACAUGACCAGGGAGCUUCUUGGACUGAUAGUGGAGAGCAUCACUGGUAUUUCUGAGGAUGACUACAGUGUGGAGCUGAUCUAUGAGUCUUGUGUUGCUGUUGUAACAUUCACUCAUCCUGAUGAUGUGAAGAAAUUUCAGACCGAAGCCAAGCUCAGCAAAAAGUUUCAGCAGUACAAUCUGACUGCCCGGGACCUGGAAAGAACCUGCUGUUUGAGGAUCGAAGGUCUGCCACCUAAGGCUAAAGAAGAUCUACUGAGUCUCUACUGUGAGAAAUUUAGAGUUGAAGUACAGAGUGUCGCUAUAAAACGCGAAGGAAACGCUGCUGUUGUCACAUUCCAAAAGCCAGAAGAUGUUGUGACCAUGUUGAACACACAGCACAAGAUCUGCAGAGUUGAAGUCAGCAUGCAUCCAUACUACAAGUCACUAGGUACAGCGCUGUAUGGUGAAGACGGACCAAGAUGGAAGAUUCCAGACUCUUUCCUUGAAAGCAUCCACCCAGCACUGUAUGAAUUUCUCGUGAAGAAGCAGCUCCGAUCUCACAUCAAUGACCAGAUGCAAGCACACUUCUGCCAGAUGAGCAUGCAGAACACCAACGUUCUGCUCAGCCCACUUCCAGCCCUGCUGAAAUUGAAGGGACUCACAGCCAAACACAUAGACGGCUGGAAGGAGAACACCUUAGGCGUUUUCCACCGCAUCAUGUCCAAGUACGCAAUACUUGAGAAGGUGAUGAACUCAGAUGUGUGUGGCUCAGUGGCAAAAGAGCUGCGGUCAGUUGUGCAGGACCAUGUUGUCAUGACAGUGGAUCCUGUAGAAGGGCAGUUGACACUGGCAGGGAUGUCGAAAGACAUAGAAAACCUGAGAGGGAUGGUGUGUGGUAUUAUUCAGAAGGCAACGGAUCAGUUUGAGCGGGAGAUUAACAGUGUUUCAGAGGAAAUGGAUUUGCCUCCUGACAUGUAUAAACUGCUGCAACUUGAUGGCCUGUCACAGUACAUCACAGCCUCCUGCCCCCAGGUAUCCCUCGAUUACAAAUCCAGCAUCAAGAAACUUGUCCUCUCUGGCUUCAAAACUGAAGUUCUGUCCGUUAAAACCUGGGUCCUUGAGAAUAGAAUGCAGAUGACACAGAGGGCAGUGGAGAUGGACCGUCAUGUAGUGGACUUCCUGAGGGCAGUGGACAGCGAGAUGAUCUCUGAUCGUCUCUUCUUCUCCAAAAGAAUCCAUGCCAUGUAUGUGAUCAAGGACGGAGCUGUGGUUUUGGCUGCAAGCUCAGAAGCAUCCCUGAGUGAGUCUAUGCAGAGGAUAAAAGAGAGUCUCGCGUCUAAGGUGCUCACCGUGGAGGAUCAAGAGGUACUCAGGAAGUCAGAAUGGAAGACUCUGAACACUGAACUCCUUAGUGUGUUCAACACAUCCAGGGAGAUCACACUGUUGAUAACUUCAAACAAACCUGACAGUCUUAUCAUUGCUGGCUUUAUUGAGCCCGUCAAGGAAGUCAGCCUGAACCUCAAAGAGUUUCUGCGUAAUCAUGCAAGAAUUGUGGACACUGUUGAGGUCAAAUGCUGUGCUGCAGCAAGGUUCAUUGAAGAGCACAAGGCAGAUGACUGGAAAGAGUUUGCCAAGGUUGGUGAAGUGGUGGUGAAAUUCCAUCCAAGACGCCCACGAAUCAACCUAUCAGGAGAGCGUAUCUAUGUUAAACCUGCUUCGGAUGCCUUUAAGAGGAUGGUGACCAGCUUGUUUAUAGAUGAACUGAAAGUCUCUAAGCCUGGAGCCAAGAAGUACUUCCAGGAACAGGGCAGCUUGCUACUAUCAAUGAUGUUAAGGGACCAUCGUUGUGUGGUUCUGCUUCAGGAGGAUGAUAUGGUGGAGGAGGCGGAUGAUGAUGAUGAUGAUGAUGAGGCCUUCGAAGGAGAAAGACUAAGACAGUCUUCAGGCUGGUUUUCACCUGCUGGUACUGAAGACCUGGCAUCUGCUGAUGAGGAGUUUGUCAUGGCGGGUGAAGAGUUUGCUCCCGCCAUAUUCCAAUUCUGUGGAGAGACGGCCCAGGAGGUCAACCGAGCCAAAGACUGCGUGACAAGUUGCAUCAUGAAAGAGCAGGCUUCUACUCAGAUCCAGGACCCACUAAUUAGUCGUUUCACCCAGGAGGAGAGAAACGAGCUUCAGAAUCUGCAGAUGGAACUGACUGUCAGCAUCAGGGUGGAGAGGAGGAACACUGACUCCAUCAUCUACCUGGAGGGCUUGACUCGAGACGUGUUCAUGGUCGAAGGGCGAAUCAGAGAUAUGAUUCGAAGGGCAGAGAAGGAGGACACGACCCGACGAGAGGCCUUGCUGAUCAUAAAGGCCUAUAGUCAUUGGGUCAACAUGAACGCCGGGGAUGUUGAUCAAAUCAAACUUAGUGCAAGCAGCACUGAAUACGCAGAAGUUGAGAAGGAGUUCAGGAGAACUGGCCUUGCAUCAACAAUAAUUCAGUUUCAGAUUGAGAGAGUCCAGAACAGCACACUUUGGAAGGGCUACAUGAUCAAAAAAGAACAGUUUGAUCAGAAGAACAAACACACAAAUAAUGAGAAAAGGCUUUUCCAUGGCACAAGUCCUGAUAAGAUAGACCAGAUCAACCGUUACGGGUUUAACCAGAGUUUUGCUGGGACUGCAGUCGGUGCCUUGUAUGGAAAUGGCGCCUAUUUUGCUGUUGAUCCCCAAUACGCCAGAGGCUAUGCCAAACCUGAUGUCAAUGGACACAAGCGCAUGUACCUGGCAAGAGUUUUGGUCGGAGACUACACUCAAGGAGUAAGUGGCAUGCUAGCACCUCCGCCCCGAAACACUGUAACAGCUGACUUGUUUGACAGCCUGACGGAUAAUAUGACGAGACCCACAAUGUUUAUCGUCUUCAAUGAUGUCCAGGCCUAUCCUGAGUACAUCAUCACAUUUCAGUGAGAUACAUUUAUCUACUGUCUGUAUAAACAUGUUAUUCGAUAUGAAAGAAAACAAAAUCCUUUUGAACACAAAAAAGCAUUUAAGCAUUAAGAUUGUAUGCGUUUCCUAUGCAAACGUUAAAAAUGAGUGUAAAACAAUUGGAUGGAAACCCGGUUACUGUUUGUUUUUUGAGAUAUCAGCUCUUGGUUUGAUUAUGUAUACAUUGUUACCUGUGUUAAAUUGUGAUUUUUUCCAAAAUGAUGAACCUACGUGUAUGGUGUUGCUGAUUAAUCUAGAGGGCUUUUCAUGGUAAUAAUAUAUAUAAACAGAAAGCUUUGCUCACAGUCAAAAUGUACUUCGGGAUUUCACUGUGUACGUGCUGUAGAAGCAGUUGAAACUGAAUAAAAACUCUGAGUCUAAAUUAA